AUGGACCCUCUUACCAUCACGACAGGCUGCAUCUCCCUGCUCAGCGGCCUCACAGCCUUGUCCAAGCAAAUCACUACCUUCGCGCUCGUGGCUCAUGAAGCUAGGGCGGACAUGAACGCCUUUUCCAAGGAAAUCGCCUCGCUGACGCUAUGCCUGGACGCCCUCCGACAGCCUGAUCUCAUCCGCUUUUAUCCAGACGCUCUGCGUCCGAAUCUCACCACAAUCAUUCGGGAGUGUGACGGAGUGGUUGUUAAAAUGAGUGUUCUGCUAUCAAAGCUUUCAUCGGCUUCCGUGGCUAGAAGGAUGCAGUGGUCUUUCGCCGUACGGGACGAAGCGGAUCGACUACGCCAGAGCCUCGAAGCCCACAAGUCCGCGCUCCAAAUUGCCGUCAGCCUUGUCAGCCUCUCAGCCACCCAAUCGCUCCAGAACGACACCUCUAGCAUUCGGGUCAAGGCUGCGCUUCUUCCCGGGUUGAAAGAGGACACCGCACAAAUUGCGGAACUACGGGCAGAACUCGCGGCCUUACGUAUGGACAUGAACUUGUACCGUACAGGUCUCAGCAUUCCAAUGCAACGCUUCCUGGAAGAAUCUACGGCAUAUGCCGACAGCGUCUGCGACAUUGCGCCCCCUUUCCGUGAGACCCCUGUUCAAGAGUCGAUGCCGCCGCCAUUAACAGAUGGCUUGGGGCAUGCCGACUCAACCCAGCAAAUAUCUGGUAGGGUGCCCCGCAAUAUGGACCAGGCAAACAAGACCCUACCAGAGCAUAUGCUUUGCCAAGAUCAUCAUCAUGGCAACGCCAGCGAUCGAACAACCAUUUACAGCUGCCCAAAUAAGCCGCGCCUCGGAUCAAGAACUUCGCUCGCGACCGAUUCAGAGUCAUCUGAAGACUUGCUGGUCCGCAAUAUCGCAGCCAAGUCUGACAGAAGUGAUGGUCUUGCAACAGCGGCCGAUGGUACAGGGUCAGAGCCAAAGCCUAUGCAGAGAUCCUCGCCUACUCCCGAGUCGGUCUUGUCCCGGGACCGGAAGGACGACGAUUUCGUGGUCACCAGGAAUAUUGGCACAGAAAAUGCAGUCAGUCAGGGGCGGUCGGGGCUAGACCCUGUGGGACUGAGGCCAUUUGUCUCAUGCUUAGUGCCGCCGUCAUGUAGAGAAAAAGACGGCGACCUGGAAUGGAAUGCUGACAUUGCAAUGGAGGUCGAUGAUCAGCCUAGUCAAACUCUCGAACUGCAGCUGUGGGCAAGCAAACUUCACGCUGCAGUAAGUCUCGCAAGAGUCGAGCCUGUGGGAUUUUUCGGAACGGUGUUCAAAACUGGCAGAGCGGUCACCAAGAAAGAUGUUACAGGAGCACAAGUUGAAGCCUCCAAGACGCUGCGGGACAGAAGAUCACUUGGACUUAGCGAUGCUGAGCUACUCCAAGUGCUCAUCUUGUCAGACUCCCAAUCAUUCGCUACUUGCGAAUUCUCCGUGGCGCGUUCACUCGCAGCAGAGUCGUUCGAAGGAAUGGCAGUGCAAGGCACCCGAAUUCUUCAAACUGCCAUCCGGAUGUAUCAGUUCGACGUAGUGGAUCUCCUCAUUCGACGCAUGUGUACGUCAAGACAGGCCGCCGCGCAAGCGCUUAUAACUGCGGUGCGCUGUGGUGCAUCGCGUGUCAUUCGGCGGCUGCUGGAACUUCGAGUCCCCCUUCCGCCCAUCACAACCCAAGAUGUUUGGCUCGGCUCAUGCUAUGGUAUGUGGCUAUUCUACAGCCUGGCCAGCCACUCCUCAUUUUGCUCCACGGGCAGCAAUACCGAGUUUAGGUUGCAGCUUUAUGAUACCUUGUGCCCCCAGACGAUGAUUGUUGGUUUACCGUCUGUCCUAAGCAGAAGGUUGCUCUCUAGUAUGUCACAAAUGGCGAAUACGUCCAAAUGGUAUUACGGGUUUAUUUAUGACUUUUCUAGCGAGUAUCAGCUUGUACGGAAGCUGCACGAGAACAGCCUGAGACAGUUGGUUGGGCUCGAUCAACUGCCGUGGGAGACUCGAAGAGGUGAAGGACCGAGCCACGCGGCGGCUUGCGCUCAGUAUCUGGAGUACAAGAUUGAGGCCUACGCGAAACAGCCUUGGAGUUCGUACGAACACUAUUGGUAG